CAAGUGGAAGAAAAGGAAGAUAGAGCCGAUCCAGAGAUCACCAUUACUGCAGAUGCGCUGGACAAUUGGCUGGGGGGAGGGAUGGGGGCGCGCUGGGGGAGGUGCUCUCCGGAGGGGGGCAGUGAGAAUGAAGACAACAAGCAUGUCCACUUGGAACUCACAGCAUCCUCUGCUACCCGGUCAGGGGGAUCUAGUCCCACUCCAUCUACCAACACCAAAGAAAAAAAGAAGAAGGAUAAACAUAAGGAGAAGGUGAAUUAA